CUCAUAGCACGGAAGAACUCGAUGUGCUCUCUACGAUAACCCAGUUUCUAUUAUGACGUGAUGGUACGGCAUCACAAAAUUGUCUGCGCCAACUGUCGGCGUCGGAAAAGCAAGUGCGAUGGCGCAUCCCCAAGCUGCUCCGCUUGUCUGGCCAAUGCUUCGCAUUGCCACUAUGAUAAAUCGCCCUCGCUUGCCUACGUGCGCUCCUUACAGGCUCGGAUCCGUGAACUGGAGCGCAAAGGUAGUGCCGAUGCAACCUCCACCUCUCAAGAGUCAUUUGUUAGUCCGGCUUUGGGUAAUCAGGGUUAUGACUCUAUCAGUCUGGAUGCCCUGGGGGAUGUUAGCUACCACAACCCAACCUCUGCCAUUCAUGAAGAUCUACCACACACACCUUCUCGAUCAUCGCAUGCUGGGAGCCUUCCGUCACCAGCGAUGGACGCUCGCGCGGCAGAUAUCAGACAAAGCCUAGUUGCCAAUGCUGCCGCUCAGAAAGAUAUCGAACUCAUAAACUUGGAUGCAUCUCUUGCACUGGCAAAUAUAUCCAAGGAUCUCGCCAGUACUUUACUACAGUUGCACUGGUGUUGGCUGCACCCGAGCUUUCUUUUUGUAUAUCGCCCAGCUUUCACGAGAGACAUGCCUCUUCUUGCCAGCGGAGAUCGAUCCUCCACGUAUUGCACUUCCACCCUUGUCAAGGUGCUCUAUGCCCAUAGUUGCCGGUUUAUACGGUCUCCAGACAAAUGGUGGAGCUCAGAGAAUCACUCUGAGCCAUUUCAGGAACUUUCGGACCGCCUAAUGUCAGAGGCAAAGGUCUUGCUAGCGAUGGAGACCCUCAACCCUCCAGCGAUUCCUACGAUUCAAGCAUUACUGCAACAGUCAGCUCGUGACAUUGCCUCUGGUCGGUCCUCUUCUGCUUGGCUUUAUUCUGGCAUGGCCUUUCGCAUGGCUAUUGACCUCGGUCUACAUGUCUGCCCCGAUAAACUGCAACAGUAUUCCAAGUCACUUUCAGUAGAGGAUAUCGAGAUAAGAAAGCGCCUGUUUUGGAGUUUAUAUGCGUGGGACAAGCACAUCAGCUUGUACCUGGGGAGAAUGCCGAAUUUUGUCAUGGGUGCGGAAAACGUCUCAUUGGAGUUCUUAGACGACUUCAGCGACCAUGAUCCCUGGCUACCAUUCUAUGGCCCAGAUCCAAAAGGCGCAGAGCUCCCUCCAUAUCCCCCAACUCCGGGCCGCGUCAUGUCUUGCUUCACCGAGCUAUGUAAGCUCUGCAAAAUUCUCACGCGGGUGAUGCUGGAGCUUUAUAGCUCACAGCACGCCAGUCACACGGAACAUCCGUCCGAUCCCCGAGCAGCUGCUUUUAUGUCGAUAAAACAGGAACUCCACAACUGGUACUCGUCUCUGCCAUCGUACUUGCAUAUACCACCAAAUGACAUGCCUGAGUUGAGUCCGCCGCCCCAUAUCACAUCGCUGAAUUUAAUGUAUCACAACGCGCUGAUCCUCCUUCAUCGACCACACGUUGCGAGUGGAGAGGUACCUCGCUCGGCUACUAUUCGACAAAGCUGGAAAAUCUGUCGAUCGGCAACAACGGCAAUUUAUGGCCUUCUCAAAAUGUAUAUCCAUACCUUCGGGUUCCAUCAUAUCACAUACAUGAACAGCUAUUGUACCUAUACAGCUGCCACAACAGCUGUAUACCAACUGGAGGCCUUAGAGGAUGGAUCACAGCCUGCACAAUCCCACCAAGCCGCGUGGGCAGAGCUGAAGUUUCUACUCGACAUACUUCAACGUACUGCCACGGCCAUGCCCGGUCUGAGCCGGAGUAUUGAGAUCAUUAAGACGCGAAUAAAAAAGAUUCUUGACCGCCAGGUUUCUAGACAGCUCAACGCACUCUUCCCCGAGCGAGAGUCGAAGGAAUCUGAUAACGUCCGCCCUGCGAACGAAACGCUCCAAAUGGCCCAUGCAGGGGGGAACGACAAUGUCUCAAAUACUUCACCUGAACACUCCUCGUCGGGCACGGCCUAUGAGUGGGGGCCUCAUAUGAGCGCUGUGGUGGAUGAGGAUAUCUGGCUUCCUGCAUUUCUCGCCCAGGACAUUUCAUACGGGCCAGAGGUGAUGCUCGAUGUGCAGGAUGGUCUGAGUCCCGAGACGCGGUCGGCACUCAUGGGAUCAAAUCUUGAUCCACAAUUGCGACUGAAUCUUUCAGCGCCUGACUCAACACUCAGCUAUGGCCCCUUUCCUGAUACAUUGCUUGACCAAUUAUCAGAUGCUCCAGCAGGAGAAGGAGAGAGGCCAUCAUAUUCCGCUAUCUAA